AUUCCCUUUUCUGAUGAUGAGGUUGCGCUGCAUGGAGAGAGGGUCCAGCUUCCAAGUAUGAAGAUGUGAAGGGGCCACUAAAGAAUGUCCCAACUACCAGAUGGAGACGACAACUCAGGGAGUUUCUGAAGAACCAAUUUGGAGACUGGAUGCAUGAAGUGGGAAAGGAGACUCAGACAGCUCCCAUCAGUUCCAGGGCCCUUCAUUGAAGGGAUCCACUGGCAUUCUGGGUCAGCCAUGGAUCCGAUUCCUUUUUGUUCUUCGAGAUGUACAUGGGAGGCUUCUGAAAUUUUAAUGAAGACACCAGAUCUGAGAAGGAGGCCGCCCAUGACAGGUGUGAAUUUGCAGGACGCGCCAGCAUCUGUUUGAGCGCCUGGUUCCCUGCAGAGCCUCCAAAGCAGCUGGACGCAGAGGCGGGAUGGCCACCGGCACCUAGCCCACCGAGGAUCGGAGGAAAAGCUAUAGCAGACCCUGGGGUCUGCAAGAACUAAAGCUGUCAAACUAUCUGAGAUCCUACCAGGUUGCUUUGUGUGACCCUGCUGCUUCUGAAAGAAGGACCCGAGAAAGCUGAGCAGAUUAUUGCCAGGAUGACUCAGGCAUUCUGGAAGGUCUACAAGUCCAAAGUACUGCAGACCCUUGGUGGAGAGUCACAAGAGGAUGAUCUCCAAGAUGAGAGAGAGAAUCCUGAACUGAUGGAAACAACAGAUUCAACGCUGCUGACAGAGGAAGGAUCUAACCCCGUUUCUCAGCUGGCACGGCGGGUCCAAGGAGCUGGAGUCAAAAGCUGGAGGACUGUGUCAUCUUUGUUCAGCCGGGAGGACGAACAUAAACUGCUGGCCUCUGAGCCGUGUGCUGACCAUCCUCUAGCAGCAAAACCAGAGGAGGAGUCUGCCUCGGAGAAAAAGACAUCUGGCCUUUGGGACGUCUUUGCUACCAAGUGGCAGCACACUUCAGCUAUGGAGAAGAUGGCCGAUGCCAGAGAGCAACCAGCCGAGGGCAGCUCAGGGUCCUCCGGGGAAACAGCAGCCAAGGAGGAAGCCAGCAACGCCGGCCAGGAGAACGACCUCCGAGAAGCUGAAGGGGUGGCCUUCAAGUGGAGUUUCCUCACCAACAAACUGGCUGAGAUGAAGAACAAAAGCGGCCUCAAGAGCAACUAGGACAGACACAGAAGCGAGAGACUUCUGAUGCUAUCUAUGAUGUCUUUCCAGCAGGGGAGAAGGGCUUUAUCUUGUUCCAAUAACUCUUCAAGAGAAGAACUGAGUGUGAUGUGAAGGGUCUGACCAUACACUGGUGUUGUUAACCAACACAACUUUAGGAUGUUGUCCUCCUGUCCACCCCAUUCUCCAUGCGUGUCUCAUGUUUCAAAUGGUAUCCAUUCCAUUUCUCCCUGUCCUCCCCUUCUUUUUCCCAAGACUGUUCUUAAGAUAAAAAUAUUUGGUUCAGAACAGGUCCGUUGGCAAGUAAGGUUAAUCCUGGCAGAGAGAAGAGCAGGGCAAUUUUCUUACCACUUUUUGUGCCUAGAUGAUCUUUCUGCAUACACUAUGCCUAGGUCAGCCCAAGACAUUUUACUGCCACAAGCAAGAUCAAUGGGUAUGUUGUUAUUAUUUGCCGUCAAGUCAGCAUUCGCUU